AUGAGCCACCGCAAAGGUCGGCGGAACAACCAGCACCAUCAGCAAGGUGGUAAUCACACCAAUCAUCAAACCACUGACUACGAAUCGGACGCGCCUCACUCCAACAUGCCGCCCCAAACGCAACCCGCACGACCCCACCAGUCAAAUGAAGAGAUUAAUCUCUCUGUCCUCCGCCGACACAACCCCGCUGUGGAGAGGAUCAUCUCAUUGGCACCGUACGCGGUGGUCUACGUUUUCAGCCCGACAACCAAAGGGUGGGAGAAGCAUGGCAUCGAGGGUACUCUUUUCAUUUGCCAGCUGGCCCAAGGACCACUGGGUGAAGAACGAUACACUGCGUUCAUUCUGAACCGCCGCGGACUGAACAACUUCGAUCUUCCCCUUACCGAUUCUGAGAAUGUCGAGAUCACGGAGGAGUUCGUGAUCCUGAAAGCCGAUGAAGGUACCGAUGGCGAGCAAGGUGCGAGCGGUAUUGCGGACCCUAUCAAUCCUCAAGGCCACCAGCAGGGCGCUGCAGCUGAUGUCCGCAUCUAUGGACUUUGGAUCUACUCUGAGCCUGCGCCAAGUUCCACCGCCGAGGCUCGUACCGUGAACGCCCAGAUGAUCCGGGAAUGUGCCGCGCGUGCUGCAGGUAGCUUAAAGGCGGCCCGCGAGCGCCUCGAGGCCAUGCGCCAGGACGGAUUGCAUGUUGCGGCAGCUAUUGCGGAAACCCAUGCACCGCAACUGGAAGAAGUACAGGCCACCGCGCCCAUGGGUCGUCAGAUUUCGCUUCAGGAUUUGUUUGGACAGCAACGUGCUCAAGAUGAUGGAUGGAGUGUACGGGCGCACCACAUUGGCCCAGCGGAAACUCAGCACCCUGGAGGUUAUGUGGGCACCACUCCGCAGGUAAGUACUACUCUUUCAGGUACCCUGACAUCCUCCACCCAACCUAAUGCUGAUCCAGGGCGUGCCGAUCCAACCCUCUUGGCACCAACAACUCCCCGUUCCUCCUCAAUCCCAGCAGCCCCCAGCUCAGCCUCAGCCGGACGUACUGGGGGAUCUCUUCCGUCGAGCUGGACUGGCAAGAAACGGUACUGGUCCGGGAAAUUGAAGAAGAACUAA